AUGUGCGUGCGUUCAACAAUUCGUGAAGGUGUCCGUGACUUAGUAGGCCUGCCAUGGCGUCCACUAACCCUUCCGCCGAUCAUGCUAGACCACCUCUACUCCAUGGAUGACGAUCUUAAAACAGAAGGGCCGCUCCUGUUGCUUGAAGAUGCCCUUAAAAAUCCCGUUGUUGGUGAUGAGCCAUCCCCGGAGACUGCUCCUAAUGGGUCGAUCGUGAACUGCGGGAUCCAUCCACAUGCAACAUCCUGCGCAGAGCACAAGUCCUUGAUGCCAUCUUCCUUUCCAAAUUGUGGGACAUCCAUAUCGAAGCGAAGAUGCUUCGUCACGUGGUCCGGAGGUGGAGCACCGCUACUCACACCUUUGUGUGCUCAUGGGGGGAAUUUACCCCUACCCUUGAAGAUGUGGCGAAUAUCUCUCGCCUUCCCUGUCUGUGGCGACCGUAGUCCUUUCGGCAUCGCCCUCACUCCAGAAGAAAUAGAUAGCCUUGCAGUCUUGCGAAGAGGCGCUCCCACCUUUCCCAGCACUUCACUCCGGUUUAGCAACUGGAUACAAUAUUUUGGGGGACGCAAACAGACAGAGUCCCUGCCGGUUGGCUGCCUUUAUAGCUCUGUGGCUUGGGGCGGUUCGUGCUCUGUGACUUUUCUCAGGAUUUGCCUUCAUGAGCGUGUAUUUCCUUUGGCUUUGGCCAUAGCCCGAGGCGAUACGAUCCCCUUAGCCCCCAUGUUCCUGGGACAUCUAUACCAUCUUCUUAAUCGAACCCCAGCUUCUGGAAAAGAGUGCAUCAGGAACCAUGGGUGUGGAGACCCUCCUAAAUUUUGGUUUCUUGCAGGUGUUCUUGUGGGAGCGUCUCAAAGGGUUGGAUGUGUAUUCACUCCCUCACUCGCACGCUAUAAAGUUGGUUGA